AACGUAUUUUGUAAUGCUAUUCCUACAUUUUAAUUCGAAGUUUGCGAGUAGUUGAAUUAUUUUGAUUGAUUCACAUCGAUUUGAUCAUGGAUUCAAAGAAAGGCAGUCCAAAUGCAAGAAGGGCGAAGCGGAGUAGCAAGCAAAUUGAAGAAAAUUACUGGGACUGCAGUGUCUGUACCUACAGAAAUAAUGCAGAGGCAUUUAAAUGUUCAAUGUGUGAUGUAAGAAAAGGAACCUCAACCAGGAAACCAAGGCUCAAUCCUCAGUUGGUACCUCAAGUGUUCAAUCCUUCCUUAGCUAACAAAAAUAGAAAAGAGAAGGAAUCUAAAGAAAGAGAUAAAUCUGAGAGGAAAUCAUCAGAUGGAAACCCCACCAGGAACAGUAAAGCCAGACCAAGGUUGAAAAAUGUUGACAGAAGCACUGCAAUGCACAAAGAAGUGACAGUGAACAAUGUGACAGUAGUCAUUACUGAGUUUCGGCCAAAAAUUAGCAGCAAGUCAACAUCUCCCAGUAACCUUGAUCUGGAUGCUGGACACACGACCAGUAGUUCUAGCAGUAGUGCCAGCAAUCACGGCAACGAUCUUUCCCCUGCAGAUCAAGAACAUUCAGACUGACUAAAGUCGUUGCUCGUGAUUCAUUUUUUAAUUAUUAUUUAGCAUCUCGAGGUAUUUUAUUUGAACUGUAUUUGUUUGCGCACCCAAUUGACCCCAUACCGAUCUUUUCUCAACUGCCAAGAAGUAUAUAAUUUUUAAAUAUCUAUAAAGGCUAUAAUUUGGUCCCAACCGAAUUUCAAUGAGAUAGAACUGGAGCGACAGACGUCCAAACCGAAAACUAUACAUGAAAAACCAAGAGGCAGUUGUCUAUAACUAUUCUGGAUUCAAAGUUUUUCCCUUUUUUUUUUGUAACCACAAAAUUCCAUAAUGUUGGAGAUUAUUUUUGAGUGUUGGGAAUUCCUGUUUCUGAUCGGAUCUCAGUACCAAUAUUCGCUUCCCUUUUUCGGUUUGAACCUACCUCAUCUGAACGGUGCGAAGAGGUCGGGGAAGAUUUGGUAAAAAAUUGAUUAUGUCUGUCGAGUGGAUGGUUUUCGUUUCGUGAUAAAUGUGCGCUCUCAUCCAUCUUUAUAAUUUCACCCUCCUCAUCCACGACAAGUAAAUACACAGCUGUACAAUUUGA